AUGAAGAAUCAAGUGGUGAUGUUGGGCCUGGUGCUGUCCGUGGGCCCGGUGCUGUCCGUGGGCCCGGUGCUGUCCGUGGGCCCGGUGCUGUCCGUGGGCCCGGUGCUGUCCGUGGGCCCGGUGCUGUCCGUGGGCCUGGUGCUGUCCGUGGGCCCGGUGCUGUCCGUGGGCCUGGUGCUGUCCGUGGGCCUGGUGCUGUCCGUGGUCCUGCCGUCCCCUCAGGUCAUGUGGACGUACUUCCCUCCACAUGUGCUUUACAGGAUGACUCUAGGCCUUAUCUGCUACACUGGUUGUGCGUCCGUGUUCUCCCGCAGACGCACAUUCAUCAAACUGAAGAAUUAA